GCAACAAAAUAGGAAACAUGGCCGCGGCCAUGCAACGUUUUGGGAUUUUGUAUCCAUGAGCAUUCGCUAAGUUUGUGCAGUUGUUCCCUUCAAAUAAAUUGGUAUCAACACAUGUUUUAACAUGAGCGACCACGACAUCAGUGCCUUCUUUAACGAACUAAGCAACAUAACAGCAGACCUUCCAUGCAAACGGGAACUUUGUGCAAAAUGCAGGCGUCCCGUUGCUGUUUGCUGGUGCGCUUACCUUCCCAGUUCUCCACUGCAAGUGGCGUGUAAAGUAAUUAUUCUCCAGCAUCCAGGCGAGGUCAAAAGAAACCUGCGUACUGCCCCUAUGCUCGAAGCAGCACUGGCUGCGGACAAGUGCGUUACUUUUCGAGGCAGACGUUUCUCGUGGGAACGUCAAGGUGCAUUUCAAGACACCGUCAGUGGGUCCUUAAGAGACACUCUAGUACUCUACCCUGGUCCAGAUGCUCAGGACAUAGAGACAUUGCCCACAGUUGUCGAGAGGUCAGGAUGUGGCUAUAAUCUAAUUGUUCUCGAUGGUACGUGGUCUCAGGCAAGGUCCCUGUUCUUCAACAGCCCUCAGCUACACGGUUUAAAGCAGGUGCAGAUAAACCCUAACAAGACAAGUGACUACGUUAUUCGGACGCAGCCCACCCAGGAAUGUUUGUCAACUGUCGAAACAGUAGCUUACGCACUUUCUGUUCUUGAAGACAAACCUGAACUUCAAGAGGUCCUUACAAGGCCACUACAUGCUUUGUGCCAGUUUCAACUUCAACAUGGUGCAGUUACGCACCACAGCAAAGAAUUUCUCAUUCAGAAUGGAAUGUACAAGAAGCCCCUGCCUCGCCGCAUUGUGCACAGACUGGCUCGGAACGAAGACCUCAAGGAUGCGCUUAGGUGACAAAUUUCGUGCAACGGAACGCUUUGUGAAACACCGGCAGUCGUACUCUUCAGGCAGAGCACACUACAAGAGUUGACUUAUAUAAGUUAAGUGUCCAGGAGCACACUUUGUUACUAGUUCUUUUUUUUAAGAAUUUCAACCAGAGGUGUUGAAGUGCAACAAUGAUAAAAAAAAAAAAAGGAAAAUAAUAAAUAAAGGGAGACAACGAGG